AUACGGGCAUUUCAUUCUUUGCUAGAAAGAUGGCGUCCACAGCAGGCAGCACGGCCGUUGAUACCACGGUUUCAGGACCACAGAGUGGAGGAAUUACUCAAAGAUUUCAGGAUUUUGGAAAUUUUCUUUACAAUUCCGAAGAGGGUAAAGUUCUUGGCCGCACUGCAAAAAGCUGGGGUGAAAUUACACUUUUCUACAUUGUGUACUAUGUGUGCCUUGCGGGAUUUUUCUCUGGGAUGUUGGCCGUAUUUUUCUCAAUGUUGGACUACACUGAGCCACGAUUAAUGGGCUCGGACUCAUUGCUCAAACAGAGUCCAGGUUUGGCUUUUAGACCCUUACCAAAUGUAGAAACCACUUUGAUCCGAUUCAACAAAGCCAGGGCAUCAACAUACACACCCUAUGUGGACCAUAUAGAAAGUUUCCUCCAAUACUAUGAGAAUGAAUACCAGCAGACAGAAACCGGUAUCAUGACUGAUUGUUCUACCUUCGAUAAGUUGAGACCAAGUGAGGAUUGGGACAAAGCUUGCCGAUUUGACAUCCAACUUCUCGGGGCAGACUGUGUCAAACAGCAAUCAUUUGGUUAUGAAGAUGGUCAGCCAUGUGUUCUUCUUAAAUUGAACAGGAUCUUUGACUGGAUGCCAGAACCCUACACCAAUGAUACUGUUCCAGGAGAAAUUGCCGACUAUUGGGAGGAAUAUUCAAUUGCUGUACACUGUUACGGAGAGAAUCCAUCAGACAAGGACAAUAUUGGAAACAUAGUGUACUCACCACCAUCUGGUUUCCACUUCAAAUACUUCCCAUACAGGAACCAGCAGGGAUACAGGUCCCCCCUUGUAUUUGUGCGUUUUGAUGAUCCAAACCCAGCCCAGCUUUACAUGGUCACUUGCAAAGUGUAUGCCAAAAACAUCCAACACGACUCAAUGGAACGAUCGGGCAUGGUUCACUUCGAGUUAAUGAUAGAUUAAUCAAUACAUUGACUUUUUAGAAAAUAAAAACUAGGAAAUGAAUUUCAAAUUAUUUGAAGAAGCAGAAAAUCAAGGGAGGUUAUUCUCCGUUAUUCCUAUAAGGGGAGACGAAUCUCUUUUGCUUUAUGUUGACUCUUUAUUCCAUAACCUCGAACGUGUGUCGUAGUUGUCCAAAUUAUAAAUGUAUUGUUUCCAUUUAUCAUCACAAAGAGUGUUUUUAUGUUGCUCAUUUCCAUUUUACUUUUUUUUUUAACUUUGUAUAUUUUUUAAAACAAAAACAAACAGAAAGAUGUCUUUGCAUUCUUUUGAAGUUGAUAGUAAUUUUCAUUGAUUUUUAAUAAAAGGAAUUUAAAGGAAAACAAAAAAGGGCUUUUAUUUGAAUAAAAGUGAAAUAUUGAAAUAGAUGUUCAUUUCCGUCCACAGUAUCUUUUGCAUAUCUUUUUAAGUAUAGCUUAAGAGAAAGUAAAUUUAUAUCUGAAUAAUUAGAUUUAAGAGAACUUUAAAAAAAAUUUAUCAUUUAAAUUAUAACGACACAGCUUUCGAUACAGAAAUACCAUCACAUCUUUUGUUGUGACUUUUUGUUUAUGAGGCAUUUUUGUGGUAGCUAAAGUCAUUCAUAUAAUUCUCAUAUUGUGAUUGUGGAAAUGUGAAAUUUUGUGUGGGUUUUUGAGAAAAAAAAUAAAAUAGUGCAUUAAUAGUUCAAUGAAGAUGUAUAUGGAAUUUGUUGCCGCCCUCACAAGGCUUGAUUUUUCAUAUAUUUUGAAAAUAAUUGUCCUGUAUGUGUAGUUGCUGUGUCUAUUUUUAGACACUGGUUACUGUUGUUUUUCUAUGCACUUGUGUUUUUAAAGUUAAAUUCCGAUCAGGGUGGUAGAGAGAGAAAAGAAUGAAUGGGUAGUGUUUCGUCUUUUUAAAAAGUUUUUUUCAGAUGAACACGUUUUUUAGAGCUUUUGUAUAUUUGCGAUUUCGCUUUUCGGACUUUAAAUUUUUAGAAUUUAAGACACAGCACUGCUUCUGUUUCUUUUAAUAUGAAUGACAAAAAACAAAAAAGGUUGGCGGCUAAGUAGAAAAAUUGAUUUUGAACUUUUUAAGGAAGUUACAGUUUUUGGUUGUACGAGUUUUGAUUUAUUUUGUAAUUAUGUUUAUUUAAUACAGGAAGAAGAAAAGAUUUUUUUUGGAUAAAAUAAUAUUUAAUGUUAUGUGAAAUGUACAUGUCAAUCUUCAAAGGAGUGCGUUGAUUUUUUUCGUUAAAACAUUUUAUACGGGUGAUAUGAGGACUGGUUCCCUGGGUGUUUGUGCAUCAGACUCAAUGAUAAAGUAAGAAACAAAGGACUGGUUCCCAUUUUCAUUAUCAGACUGGUUUCGAAAAAUAAUGAGCUUACAUAAAGCUUUACAAGGCUGUUUCCAGGUUCUUUACUUUUUCUUUAAUUCUGAUGGAUGAAGGGAGUGUGUAUAUUCCUAGACUUUGCCGUCUAGGAUUAUAUUUCUCAGUGUCUGUGUAAGAUAUGGUGGACAUUUUUGUGAUUUUUUCAUUGUUAGUAAACGUCCUUGUACAUUCCUUUGUAGAUAAACCGUUGAAUUUUAUAACCAUUUGAUAUAUUACAAAAUUUAGUUUAAAAUGUGCAUUGUGUUGUUGUUUUUGUAUAACAGAAAUGUCAAGUAAUACAGUUCACAUUUUAAGCCAAAGAUUGUCGUAUAUUACUGUAUUUCAUUACUGAUUCUCAUGCAUGUACUCAACUUAAAACUCAACUCAAGUAAAAGAAAGUUUUCCAAAAGGACUGUAAUGUUAUAUUCAUUCAGUAAUAUUUUCCAAUCUAUACCAAGUUUUUAAAUCACUUACACCACAUUUCAGUCAUUUAAGGAAUGCAAUGCUUCUGUAUAUACAGUUCAUAUAUAGCGAUGAAACUUUUUCUUUAGAUUAAACAGCACCUCAUGUUAUAAGUAGUAGUGUGUUUACGAUUGUAAUUAUGCAUUUUAUAUCUUGUUAAUCAGUAGAAGUUAAUUUUUAUCAGUACAUUUUUAUGUUAUAUUUUAAUUGUAAUAUAAAAAAAUAAGUUUGUUCACAUUUGCAUUCAGCAAAAAAAUGAGAGGAUUUUACUGCAGGAGGCAAAAGAAAAAUUUAAGCUGUCUAGCAGUGGCUGUGGAGAAAAAACUUUUCACAAUUGACUUAAUUUUGCAAUCUAUACGUAUUUGUUUUACAUAGUUGUUUUGUCUGAGAAGUAAAAUUAUCGAGAAAUGGUCAUAUUGGUAAUUGUUCCGGUUCCUAACGUGAAUUCUCAUCUGUCGAUUUUCUAUGGUCACAUGUAAAAAUCACUAAAUUAAUAUAUUACACAAUUAUUUUCCUUUUUUUUAUCAUGCAUCAUUUUGAAUAUAAUAUAUUUACUGUUUUUAAAUUAUGAUAAGCAGAAAAUUAAUUUUUCUCAAUUUUCCCUUGUGUUCAAAACAAUACAAGAUUAUAUCAAAAGAUUUUCAUUUCUCCAUAUGUGUACUAAUGAAAGUGGUUCGAGUUGAAAUAUGAACAAGUUUUAGAUAUGAAUACAAUAAAGAAAUGCAGAAGUAAACCAGUUUCUAGAUAUGAAUUAACAAAGCUGUGAUAAAAUGGGAUCUAGACUUGCAGUACUGAACAAUGUUGAAUUAUAUAUAGGGACAUAUAUAUAUGUGUUUGUAGUAAUUUGUAGUUAAAAUGUAACCAGUUUGUAGUUUAGUAUACUCAAGAUUUUGUUAAUUCUUGUUGGUUUUUUUUUUUAUUGGGGGGGGGGGGGGGGGGGGGGUCAAAUUUCAUUUUAAAAAAAAUUGGCAAUUAAAAUCCUGUUCUAACACUCCACUGUAAAGGUUACCUGAAAUUUGAACGUCAAGAUUAACUGCACUAUAUCUGUCUGGCUGCAUGCCUUUCUUAGAUACUCAUUGUUGAUGUUAUUCACUUAGCAAAUAGCCUUUUUAUUAUUACAUUAUUAAGCACAUAUGUUUUAUCUGAUUUUCUUUAUAUGAACAAUUAAAUUUUACCAUUAAAAAUAUUUAAAAAUAAAGAGUAGAAAUGGUUCAAGUCACAUGACAUGGAAGACGCUUGGUAAACGACAGAGUUGGUGGUUAUUUAUAGACACAUGGACUCACAGAUAUAAACAAUAACACUCUACUUCCUCGUUUAAAUGAGCUUCUUUUUAUAACUUGUGCUUGACAUGUGGAGCAGUUGACCUUUUUGUAUCCCCACCAUAUUAAGACUUUUUUCUCUGUGUUGAGGAAAUGUCUUUUAUGUUUUGAUACAAAUUUCAUCUGCUUCAAGAGAUUUCUUCUGUUAAGUCAGAAAUUAAGAAGGAAAUAACUUAUUUUUUUCGGUUAGGAAAACUUGAAUGCAAAACUUGAGGCGUUGUGACCUUUAAAUAUUGUACCCUAGGUGUUGUAAACUGGUAGAGGUGAUAUAUAAUCUGUUGUUCUUUUUUCUCUCUCACCGUUUUUCACAAUCCUUAUUAUAUUAGUUUAAAUUAAGCACAGUUGAAUCAUAGUCAAAAGUUGGUGUCGGGUCUUUUUUAUUGUUUUUACUCCCAAGUAGAUUAGAAAAACCUCCCUAUAUGCAUGCAUCCCUCCGUUCUAUAUACCAGAGUGUGUUAUUUUUGUGAUGUGGCCUAGGCUUUAGAGAUUUUAACCUGCUUUUAGCUGACAAUGUAUACUUAAUGGCUAAUAUUUUUAUUUUCGGGAAAGAAUUUGAAACAUUUAACAGAUACUGCAAGUACUGUUCCCAUUUUAAGCUUCUGCAAAGUAUGUAUAAUGACUGGUUUCCUGUUAUAAUUUGUACUAAAACUUGUUCAAGAUUUAAAAAAAAAAAAGCACAGAAAAAUAAACUUAUGUGGAAAUAUGUACACUGUAUUUUAUGCUCGGGUUACAUGGAGAAAGAUGUUUUAGCAAAAUUAAACUGAAAUGAAAUAGAAAUUUACAUUUGAUAAUACAAAAAAUUGUUUUGCCAGUUUAAUUAAUUGAUAAACAUUUAAAGUGAUAAUCAGAAUGUUAUAAUCGUUACACUGUUGGAACGUUAUAUUCCUAAUAUGUACAAUGAUUAACAUUAGUGUAAAUUCAUCUGAAUGUUGUGACAAUUUGUAUUUUUUACCUAGUUAUGUCAGAUGGUGGCCAAGUAUUCAAUAUGUUAUUAUGAAUCUCAUAAAAAACAACAGAACUUUUUAACAUUUCAUGUGUAAAACGGGAGAUAUUUUGUGGUAGAGAGUGUAAUUUGGGUGGGGGAAAACAUAGUAAAGGGGCCUCGGGGAAUUGUUUGAAGUGGAAAAAUAUAACCAAUAAUAAAACUGAGUGAGAUUUUAUAUUAUUAUAUCUUUGAUGUAAUGGUAAGAGAUGAACAAUGCACAAAUUGUACUAGCAUAUAGGCAUUGAAACUAAAUAAAAAUGUAUGAAUGUAAACUUUAUGUAAUAUAAUUAACAAGAUGUUUUUAUCUGCAAUAAAGAUUGACUAGAACACAA